AUGGCCGAAGGCAUGAGCCAGACGUCGCUCAAGCCCGUGGAACAGCCUCUCAACCUCAUUCCAGUCGGCCUCAAAGAAGCAGCACUCGACUCGCCGACCUUCCGCGCAACAGCACUACACUUCUCCGACCAAAUCGACGUAAUAGAGCGAUGGCUGGACGGCUACGUGAAGGCGGCGUCGCGUCUUGUGACGGAGAUGAGCGCGCUGGAGACGGCGGUCAAUAACCUUAUAACGCAGAGCGCGCCGCCCGCGCAGGUUAGCGAGGCGGUGCUGGAUCACGACUACACGCUGCUCGCACUACGGAGGUAUGGAGAGGGGGCACGGGAGUACUGGAACUCUACGCUGCGAGGGGUCAAGAAGUACGACGGCGCGGUCAUUGAGCCUAUCAAAGCCUUCUUGAACAGCGAGUUGCGCGCUUUCAAAGAUGCCAGGAGGACCUUGGAUACCACUCAGAAGGGCUUCGACUCUGUAAUAGCGAGGUACCUAUCCCAGGGCAAAGCCAAGGAGGCGAGCAGUCUAAGGGAAGACGCAUUCCAGGUGCACGAAGCCCGGAAGUCGUACUUGAGAGCUAGCAUGGACUUCUGUAUCUCUGCUCCUCAGCUACGGGCGAGCCUAGAUCAGUUGAUCGUGAAGGUCUUCUCCGAGCAGUUUAGGGAAAUGAGAGUCUCUCGCGAUUCAAGUGCGGCUGUCCUGACGAGGCUGAACGCGGAGAUGGAGCGUGUCAGAGGGUGGAGCAGAGAGAUGGAGGACUCCGAGAAGGCGUUCAAGAGGGAGCUAUCCACGGCCAGGAAGCAGAUUGAGGAGAGCGCAAACCUGAUGACCCGGCCGAGCCGGGAGUUGCACGAUUAUGAGGUCUCCACCGUCCCGUAUCUAGGGACGAAAGCUAGUACUGCAGCCGGCAUGACCUCGCCAGCAAAAACGCCCCAGCAGCUGGAGAAGGGUGAGAAGCAAGGUUGGCUGUUCCUGAAGACUGUUGUUGGAAAACCUGCUCGGACUGUGUGGUCGCGCCGCUGGUUCUUCGUAAAGAACGGCAUCUUCGGGUGGCUCAUCCAAGGCAGUAGGUCUGGCGGCGUGGAGGAGAGCGAGAAGAUUGGUGUGCUUCUCUGUGGGGUCCGACCAGCGUUCCAGGAAGAUCGUCGGUUCUGCUUCGAAGUCAAGACGAAGGACACCAGUAUCGUUCUACAAGCAGAGACCCAGGGUGAGCUAUCGGAGUGGAUCAGCUCGUUUGAGGUUGCGAAGAGGAAGGCGCUGGAGGACCCAGGUAGUACCGAGUCGUCCCCUCUGGCUGCAGAUCCGGCUUUCGCGAUCACCGCGCCGAUUGCCCCUGAAUUUGCUGCUCGUCUGGACGACCGCUCGGAGCGCGGUACUACCGAGGACCUGCCGGGGGCACUGGCGUUGCCAGAUCGUGAUGGCGCCGGUUUUGGAGGGGUCGGUCAGCGUGCCAGCUUCGAUGUCAGCGCAGCACGCCGUGUGACCAGCCUGGGAGGCGAGUCCGAACGAGGCGAGCGCAGUCGAGAUCACGCUGCGCGGAUAAUGUCGAAGCUCGACCUCCACAAGAGCUCGUCCGCUGCGCCGCCACCGGUCCAAAGUCCGACUCCUGCAGGAGGCAUCGCUAGUCUGAUAUCGGCUAGCCAUAAUGUUCUGCCCAUUCGACCGGAUACGCCGUCACAGCCUGGCCCAGAGACCACCAGUGGACACCGAAGGAACCCUACCAUCCCAUCGAGCACUUUAGCCCCCAGUACACUGGCCAACCCACCCGCGCCCACGAAUCUAAGCCAUACGGCUGUUGUAGUCAGUGGCGAACGGGGUCUCGGACUCGGUAGCAAAGCAGACGGUGCUGGCAUGCCUUCUGGCAUCAUGGCAAACCUUUGGGGAAGCUCGAACUGGGGAUAUGUCAACCGUCUCGGGGACGAUUUGGCCAAGCCGGUGCCACACCAGAGUAGCGUCUCCCAGCCGCCAAGUCCACGAUCCGGAAACAGCGUGACCAUGGACGACAUGAGCGUUAUGGACGGGACUGGAGAACUUUCACAGGAGCUCUCGUCGGGUGCUCCCCAAGUGCCUGGACAGCUGGGUCAUCGGAAGACCAUUAGCGCUGUGGCUGCCUCUGAUCUGAGUCUACCGUCAAAGGUGUCCAAGCCGGCCGCCGACGACGGUGAGGACUAUCCCAACUACUACCCACUGCCGUUGAAAGCACAACAUGCGCAGUUCCGAAUGCUUUUCCCAUCUGUCCCUCGCUCGGAGAAGGUGGUCCUGGUGUUCCGCGGCACGUGGAAUCCGAACGAGCAGCAAGACUUUCCCGGCCGGAUCUAUGUUACUGCCAAGGACAUCUACUUCUACAGCCACCACCUUGGCUUUGUUCUGAUCACUGGGGUGUCACUAAGCUCCAUCAGCGAGGUGACGGCUGCCCCUGGACGGGACUGCGAUUUCCUGUAUCUCCACUUGAAGGAGAGUAGUAGACAAGACAGGCGGCGGAUCACUAUUCGAGUCUUUUUAGACUCUCUGAGGCUUCUCCAACGGCGUCUCAGCUUUCUCGUAGAAAACGCAAGCUCUGAAACUUCGUGGAGCCUUGAGGAGGUAUUGAAGAAGCUUAUCAAGUUGGAGAUGGAGAAGCAGGAACGCAGCUCCAGCAUCGAGAGUUGGGAGGACCUCGCUGACGAGGCUGUGGGAGGUGACGAGGGUAGUCCUUACCGCCGCGAGCGAAAUGUCAAGGCCAGCCUGCGAAUUGACGGCAACCUCUACGCCGAAACAGCAAAGACCGGCCGAGAGGUACAGAGAUUUCAGCUUCCGCGACAGCCGGUCGUCUACGCACCUCAAGGCAUGCAAGCAAGCACUACCCGCGAGUUCAAUGUCAGCGCCAAGGCACUUUUCCACAUCAUGUUCGGAGACAAGAGUGCUGUGUUCCAGCUACUCUACUGCAAUCGCUGGGCAGAUACCACUUCUCAGACGCCGUGGACAAAGAGCGCCGACUUUGCGGCUGGUCAUUGGACUCGCAAGUUUGCCAGUCGCGGAGAAGCCACCCCCAUGGCCGACUCGCAGACCAUCGAUAUCCUCAACGACCAUCUAUGCUACGUCGUGAGCAACCUCAAACACCCAUGGCGCCUGCCCUACUCAAGCCGCUUCCACCUCACCACCAAGUUCGUGAUCACGCACGUGGCGAAGUCGAGCUGCAAGCUUGCCAUAUUCCAGCAGAUCACGUGGACGUCACCUCCCGCCAUGACGUACAUCAAGAACCUGAUCGAGCAGCGUGCACUGCAGAGCCUUGAGGCUGAUGCAUUAGACCUCACCAACGUGGCUAUGGAUCAGGUGACCAAGCUUGGCAAGCAGGGCAAGACGAACAAGGCUAUCGAGAUAUUCGGGAACAUCGGCCAACAAGGUCCUGUCCCGGCCGUUGACGUGUCCGCUGUGCCCAAUUUGGGCGGCACGGUAACUUCUCAGCGAGAGAAGUCAAGACAGCCGGUCAGUAUCACGAAGCUGGUGGCUGCUGACUUGUUAGUGCGUGUGGGAAGGGCGCUCGGCUAUGCGCUCGAUGUGUUCUUUGCGCUGGCGAAAGGACUGAUUGACGUGUGCACGUCUCACACGCUGCUGGUGGCUCUAUUGAUAGCGUCGAUGCUCUACAACAGCUGGUACGGCUACCGGGAUGGCUUGGUCUGGUUCCAUGAAAGAAGCGCGACUAGAUACAUGGCCAGGCUGGGCGUUAAGCCGGAGCCCAUAAUCACGAAGGCGGUCUAUCUCUCCGAUAUCGAGGACUUUGUAGCGCCUCCGUCGGUCAAUGAGACAUCCUGGCCCUUCUCGCUGGCGGAGAAGCAGUCGAACACGAAUAAUUGCAAGACGACUUUCGGAGAGCAAGUGCUCAGUCCCGCGACGUCGAUGGUUGGAAGCGGGGCACGUAUGAAGCGGUCAAGAGACGCAAUGGCUCGUUACAGGCACGACCUGCUUGUCGCUCUCCGAGUUGUGAACCGCAUUGAGCGUGAUGUGGUGCAAGCGGAAUGGGAAGAUUGGGUUCGCGGCGAGGGGAGGAAGUGCGAUAGGGUUGAGCAAAUGCUCGUUGUCCGCCAGCAGAAGCAGUCUGGGAAGGGCAAGAAGGCAGAUCGGAAAGUGGACGGCGAGCUCGGGCCGGAGUUCAAGGCAUACUGUGACAGCUGUCGUGAUGAGUUGGCGGCGGUUGGGGCGGGAGCGGGUUUGAUAUGA